GGGGAGUGGGGGGUAUGGAGGGUUUAGAGUUUGGAGGGAAUAAAAAAAAGGGUGGCGGAACCCAUCAAGUUUUAUUAAAGCUAGCUUGAGAGAGCAAAAGUCGCGUAAAAGGGUUUUUGUGCUUGCUAAUUGCACCAUUGGUGAGCAAAGAGUUCGACGCGAAGUGUGAACUCUCAACAGAAGGAAACACGAGACAACUGAAGUGCCCUGGUUUAUGUGCCCUGCUCCUCCUCCACCACCACCACCACAACCGCCUCCUCUUCUUUCUCCUUCCUCCCGCCGAGCCCGCAGUUGCAGCUUGUUUGCACUGGGGCUUAUCCGGAGCGGAAAUUCCUUUCCGUUUUUGUGAAUGACAAACUCAUUAACAAUUCAUCAACACAACCUGUUCCAGCCGGCCCGUCCCCACGGCAACAGCCCCUUCCGCAGCGCGCUCAUUGGCUGGCCGAGAGAAUGUAUCCAUUGAGACGCUGGCUGUUUGUAUCCAUUGAGGAGCUGCCUCGCUUAGGGGGCGUGCUCUCCCGGAGUCCUUGGGACUGGGAGCAAACCGAGUCUUGAAUCCAACCCGGCUGGAUCUGAGGUGCAGCCUUAGAGGGAAGGAUUAGGAGCCGCUAGAUUUUUUUUUUCUUUUCUUUUUCCCCUCCCAGUGGCACGGAGUCCGAAUUAAUUGGAUUUCAUUCACUGGGGAGGAACAAAACUGGGUACCUUCAUUCAGAGAGAUUCGCUGACUCCAAGAGCGAUCCCUGCAGCCCGGCGCAGAGGGACCACCGGCUUGCCUCCUGUGUCGCUUUCUCUAACCGGUAGCCUCGGCUUGGGAAAGGCAAGGCAGAAUCGAACCCCGCUCCGAGAGCGGCAGCUUCGCGCGGCGUGCUCAGCCUAUGCCUGCCUCGAGGGGCGUCUGCUAGGCACCCCGCCUUCUCCUGCAGCUCGACCCCCAUGAUAGAUACGCUCAGACCCGUGCCCUUCGCGUCGGAAAUGGCUAUCAGCAAGACGGUGGCGUGGCUCAACGAGCAGCUGGAGCUGGGCAACGAACGGCUGCUGCUGAUGGACUGCCGACCGCAGGAGCUGUAUGAAUCGUCGCACAUCGAAUCGGCCAUCAACGUGGCCAUCCCGGGCAUCAUGUUGCGGCGUCUGCAGAAGGGCAACCUGCCGGUGCGCGCGCUAUUCACGCGCUGCGAGGACCGGGACCGCUUUACCAGGCGCUGCGGCACCGACACCGUAGUGCUCUACGACGAAAAUAGCAGCGACUGGAAUGAGAACACAGGUGGAGAGUCAGUCCUCGGGCUGCUGCUCAAGAAACUCAAAGACGAGGGCUGCCGGGCUUUCUACCUGGAAGAUGAAGCCCGAGGCAAAAACUGCGGUGUCUUGGUGCAUUGCCUGGCAGGCAUCAGCCGCUCCGUCACCGUGACCGUUGCUUACCUUAUGCAGAAGCUCAACCUGUCCAUGAACGAUGCUUACGACAUCGUCAAGAUGAAGAAAUCCAACAUCUCCCCGAAUUUCAACUUCAUGGGCCAACUGCUUGACUUUGAAAGGACACUGGGACUCAGCAGCCCCUGUGACAACCGGGUCCCAGCUCAGCAGCUGUACUUCACCGCCCCUGCCAACCAGAAUGUCUACCAGGUGGACUCCCUGCAAUCUACGUGAAAGGCACCCAACUUGCCUAGCUGGGAGUGUCCCAUUCCUUCAGCAGUUUCUCUUGGGCAGCAGUGAGCAGGCUGCUUUCUUUGUGUGUGGCCCCAGGUGUCAAAAUGUCACCAGCUGUCUGUAUUAGACAAGGUUGCCAAGUGCAAAAUUGGUUAUUACAGAGGGAGAGAUUUGCUCCAUUCUUUCUUUUGGAAGGACAGGACAUGCUGUCUGGAUCCAGGCAAUAGGUUUGCUCCUCUACCCCCAGCCUACCCAAGCAGGGACUGGACAUCCAUCCAGAUGAGGAGGGUAGGACCAAGAAGUAGGGUAGGGGCAUGUGUUCUUUAGGGCCUUGUAUGACUGUUUCCUGUUGCAUCCGGAAUUAACUCUAUAUUGUCUUCAGUGAAGACAGAUUCAACUUUGCGUACAGUGGAGCCAAAGAGAUUUUAGCUCUGUAUUUGUGGUAUCAGUUUGGAAGAUUAAAAACAAAACUGAUACUCUUCUUUGAUUAUUGUAAAUAUUUGAUCUUAAAUCACUUGACAGUGUUUGGCUUGUGUUUUUGUUUUUUUUUUUUUUGUUUUGUUUUUUAUCUUUGAUGGGUUUAAAAAAAAAAGUCCAAAGGGGGAGAAAGAGCAGUGUGUGCCACUUCUUAAAAUGAAAAGAAAACAAGGAAAAUUUUGCUCUUUUCUAAUCCAAAGGGUAUAUUUGCAGCAUGCGUGACCUUAUUGUACCAAUUCUAAAGAUGUUGUCACAGAUACUAUCGCUGAGACUUUAUUAUGGUGCAGUCUUGAGUCUCAUAUAUCUUCCUUGUGAUUUUUUUUCCUUAAUGUACUUUGACUCUGCCUUACCUUUGUAAAUAUUUGGCUUAUAUUGUCUCAAAGUGGGUAUCUUGGAAAGACACCAAAAUUGUGGGUUCACUUUUUUCUUUUUUUUUACCUUUCUCUUCCAUUUUUACUUCAGCUGUGCUAAACAGUAUAUUACCUCUGUACAAAAUUCUUCAGGGAGCGUCACCUCAAAUGCCAUACUUAUGGUUGGUUUCUUUCCUUUUAGAAAAAAAAUAUAUGAUAAACUGGAAAUGUGUGUCUGUGUGCGUGUGAGCAUGGGUACCCAUUUGACAGGUGGGAUGCAGCGGGUUGUGGAGGCGGGAGGAUUAAGUUGCUCCGUGAUGUUCACAGUGUAAAGUUUUCAGCUGGAAUUUAUUAUAAGAAUGUAAAAAACCUUAAAUUAUUAAUAAAUAACUAUUUUGGCUAC